AUGGACAUGGCAGACUACAGCGAGGCCCUGGACCCAGCGUACACCACGCUGGAGUUCGAAAACAUGCAUGUGCUGGCCAUGGGCGCAGACUCCUCGCCGGCUGAGAGCACCAACAUGAGCGCCACCGGCCACCUGACGGCGGGCAGCCUGUGUGCCAUCUGCGGGGACAGAGCCACGGGCAAGCACUACGGCGCAUCCAGCUGCGACGGCUGCAAAGGCUUCUUUCGGCGAAGCGUCCGCAAAAAUCACAUGUACUCGUGCAGGUUCAACAGACAAUGUAUCGUGGACAAAGACAAGAGAAAUCAAUGCAGAUACUGCAGGCUGAAGAAGUGCUUUAGGGCUGGCAUGAAAAAAGAAGCCGUGCAGAAUGAAAGAGACAGAAUCAGCACCAGAAGAUCCAGCUACGAAGACAGCAGUUUACCCUCCAUCAAUGCACUCAUCCAAGCAGAUGUGCUGUCAAGACAGAUCACCUCCCCCGCUCCCAUUCUGAACGGUGACAUCCGCACCAAAAAGAUCGCCACCAUCACGGACGUGUGCGAGUCCAUGAAACAGCAGCUGCUGGUGCUCGUGGAGUGGGCCAAGUACAUCCCGGCCUUCUGCGACUUGCCCCUAGAUGACCAGGUGGCACUGCUUCGAGCUCAUGCUGGAGAACAUCUGUUGCUCGGAGCUGCAAAGAGGUCCAUUCUCUACAAAGAUAUCCUCUUAUUAGGAAAUGAUCACAUAAUUCCCAGGAACUGCCCAGAGCUGGAAGUGGGCCGGGUGGCUGUGAGGAUCCUGGAUGAGCUGGUGCUUCCCUUCCAGGAGCUUCAAAUAGAUGACAAUGAAUAUGCCUGUUUGAAGGCCAUUGUUUUCUUUGAUCCAGACGCUAAAGGUCUGAGUGACCCCGGAAAGAUCAAACGGAUGCGAUACCAAGUCCAGGUCAGCCUGGAGGACUAUAUCAACGACCGGCAAUACGACUCCCGCGGACGGUUCGGGGAGUUGCUCCUCCUGCUGCCGACCUUGCAGAGCAUCACCUGGCAGAUGAUUGAACAAAUCCAGUUCGUCAAACUUUUUGGCAUGGCUAAGAUUGACAAUCUCCUACAGGAGAUGCUUCUCGGAGGCUCUGCCAAUGAAGCGCCACACGCACCUCAUUCUCUUCACCCUCACCUGGUUCAGGACCACCUUAGCAGCAACGUCAUUGUGUCCAACAACAUGCCGACGCCCAUCCACAAUGGACAAAUCUCCACUCCGGAAACCCCAAUACCGUCUCCGCCUACAGCAUCCAGCUCAGAACAUUAUAAAAUAGCUCAAGGGGUCAUAGCCACUGUCCCGAAGCAGCCAACCUCCAUCCCUCAGACGACCAUUACCAAGCAAGAGGCCAUCUAAUGACCCUCGGAGUCUUCAUUUGACCAUUUGGGUCUUUUUUUCUUCCAACUUCUCAAAAUAAACAUCUUUAAAGCUGUCAAGAUGACGGAAACAUGAAGUAGCUAAGUGCCUUGAAAGUAAUUACAUGAUUCCAUUUUGAGUCUACUACUUAAAUUGCAGUUUAAUACCAGAGGGGGAAAAAAAACUGUUGUUGUAUAUGAUUGGCAUUUAGAAUGUUGUUGUGUAAAUAGUUUCUUGAAUGGCCAACGUGGCUUUCUUUUGCAUGUCCUCAGUGUGCGCCGCAAAAGCUCAUGGUCGACAUGGCAACGGGACCAUGUCAGUAUUUUAUGAAUGUUACAGGGCUUUGCAUUCUGUUUAGUGUUUUGUUCAUUUUUUUAUAUUUUGAGUUCAUCUGUGAUUAAAAAAAAAAAAAGAAAGAAAUGCUGUUAAGUCACAAAUGCAUUUCAUUCCAGCUAAAGAAAAACAGCGUAUGAGAGAUUGCUUAUCUUGCUGACGAGACUAAAACAUACCGUAUGUUUUAUUUACUAGAAAGAAGUCAAGUGUUCAAACUACUUUUUCAUAAGCAGGCACACCGAGUCGGUUUUUCAGUUUUAUUUUAAAUGUGUAUAUUUUGUGUUUAGUACUUUCAUGUCAUGUUUGAACAGAUAAUAAAGUGUGCCUUGUGACCUUUACUGCCUUAAAAGCGGGCAAUGCGUUGCCGUACAAUGUAAAGAUGAAAUAAUAA